AUGUCUCUGACUGACACAUCUCCUGCUGAGCUACAACAGUAUCAAGGUCCUCCCUGUGAACAUCCAUCAGUAGCUCCAACACUGCUCACUCUACAUGUGGAUGAAAACGCCAUCACCUCCAUCUCAAAGGAGAACUUUGGAGCGCUUCCCAAACUACAGACCCUCAAGGCGGGGAACAAUCCAUUUAGUUGCACCUGUGACUCUUACUGGCUUGUGAAUUUCCUGAACAAGUCUAUUCUUACUGACUGGCCUUUGGACUAUGUAUGCAACUUCCCUCCAUCACUGACGGGUUUACCGUUAGCCAGGUAUGUGCCUGGCGAGGUAUCAUGUCAAAUAUGGCUUCAAGCAACCAUAGCAAUUCCUGUGACAUUCAUCAUCAUUGGCAUCCUGGGCCUUACCUUCCAUGUCUGCGAUGGUGUCUGGUACACAAAGAUGCUGUGGAUCCGAGUGAAACGGAGAGGCAGAAAGAAGGCGGACAGGUUGAAAAACGUGUCUUUUUGCUACCAUGCUUUCGUCUCUUACAGCAACAUGGACUCUUCCUGGGUCGAAAGGCAGUUGGUGCCUUCUCUUGAAGGUGCUGGCCUGUCCCUCUGCAUUCACGAGCGUGACUUCGUCCCUGGCGAGUGGAUCAUGGAUAACAUCAUCAACUCUGUGGAGGCCAGCUACAAGACACUAUUUGUGCUCUCGAAAAGCUUUGUCCAAAGUGAGUGGUGCAACUACGAGUUGGUCUUUGCCCAGCAUAAGGAAAUCAGUGUGCAUCAAGACUCCUUAGUCUUUAUCUUACUGGAACCAAUCCCACCUGACUCCCUGCCAAAAAAGUUUCUUAAACUGCAAAAUUUACUGAGAAAGCAGACAUACCUGGAGUGGCCGAAGGAUGAGCGUAAGAGGCACUUUUUCUGGUCAAGCAUCAAAUCAAUGUUGCAGACUGGAGACCGAAGCAUGGUGCUAAAGGAUGUAGCUGAAGGCAUAGCAGACACUCUACCUCUGUUGACAGAUUAAGUUUGAGUGGUACUCACAAAAAACAUUUUAUAUCAACCAAUAGAUUGAAUUACUUAAAUACAUAGAAAUAAUUUUGAUGUUUGACUUGUUAUUGAGACUUUUGUUGUUUUAAGUGUGCAUGCUGUGUUUGUUUAACCGUGUACAGUGUAUCUGACUGUAAUGAAUAAAAUAAA